UCUGCAAUCGUAGUGUUUAUUGAUUUUUACCACGAUUGCGCUGCACAAAUAGCCUCGUCUAUAAAAGGAAUCGAACGGCGAAUUCGUGCGGAAUUAUAACCGAGUAUUCGUAUAGAAGAGUCGUAACCAAUGUCUGAGAACUUUUAGUCGUUUGUGAUUAUUACUUUAAUUUGGAAUUUGAAUAGAUUAUUCAGUCAUUUGUUGAAGAAAGUGUGGUGUGUUCAGAAUUUCAGCUUUUCAGAAAACCAUCAUCAUGCAAAUUUUUGUGAAGACUCUAACGGGAAAAACUAUAACUUUAGAGGUUGAGGCCUCUGACACAAUUGAAAAUGUUAAGGCCAAAAUUCAAGACAAAGAAGGCAUUCCUCCAGACCAGCAGAGGCUUAUCUUCGCUGGAAAGCAGCUAGAAGAUGGGCGCACGCUAUCUGACUACAACAUACAGAAGGAAUCCACUCUUCACUUGGUCCUGCGUUUGAGAGGUGGUAUGCAAAUUUUCGUCAAGACCUUGACUGGCAAAACUAUCACAUUAGAGGUUGAGGCCUCUGACACAAUUGAAAAUGUUAAGGCCAAAAUUCAAGACAAAGAAGGCAUUCCUCCAGACCAGCAGAGGCUUAUCUUCGCUGGAAAGCAGCUAGAAGAUGGGCGCACGCUAUCUGACUACAACAUUCAGAAGGAAUCCACUCUUCACUUGGUCCUGCGCUUGAGAGGUGGUAUGCAAAUUUUCGUUAAGACCUUGACUGGCAAGACUAUCACCUUAGAGGUUGAGGCCUCUGACACAAUUGAAAAUGUUAAGGCAAAAAUUCAAGACAAAGAAGGCAUUCCUCCAGACCAGCAGAGGCUUAUCUUCGCUGGAAAGCAGCUAGAAGAUGGGCGCACGCUAUCUGACUACAACAUACAGAAGGAAUCCACUCUUCACUUGGUCCUGCGUUUGAGAGGUGGUAUGCAAAUUUUCGUCAAGACCUUGACUGGCAAAACUAUCACAUUAGAGGUUGAGGCCUCUGACACAAUUGAAAAUGUUAAGGCAAAAAUUCAAGACAAAGAAGGCAUUCCUCCAGACCAGCAGAGGCUUAUCUUCGCUGGAAAGCAGCUAGAAGAUGGGCGCACGCUAUCUGACUACAACAUUCAGAAGGAAUCCACUCUUCACUUGGUCCUGCGCUUGAGAGGUGGUAUGCAAAUUUUCGUCAAGACCUUGACUGGCAAAACUAUCACAUUAGAAGUUGAGGCCUCAGACACAAUUGAAAAUGUUAAGGCCAAAAUUCAAGACAAAGAAGGUAUUCCUCCAGACCAGCAGAGGCUCAUCUUUGCUGGUAAGCAGCUUGAAGAUGGUCGUACUCUGUCCGAUUAUAAUAUUCAAAAGGAGUCUACACUACAUCUUGUUUUAAGAUUGAGAGGUGGAAUUUAAGAAUGAUAAAAAUUUAAAAAUUUUGAUCUAUAUCAAAUAAACAAUUAAAACUAAAUCAA